UCCAGUCCCUAUUUAUGGCUUGAUCCCAUGGCCUCGCCGGACUUUGGAGGUGGAAAGAGACCCAGGGCGAGUGACAGAGAGAGACCGGCGCGCACACCUUGGCUGCGGCAAUGAGCUGCGCGGGGAAGGUGGUGGUCGUGACCGGGGGCGGGCGCGGCAUCGGAGCCGGGAUCGUGCGCGCCUUCGCGAAGAGCGGGGCCCAAGUGGUUAUCUGCGACAAGGAAGAGUCCGGGGCCCGGGCCCUGGAGCAGGAGCUCCCUGGAGCUGUCUUCAUCCUCUGUGACGUGACUCAGGAAGAAGAGGUGAAGACGCUGAUUUCCGAGACCAUCUGCCGAUUUGGCCGCUUGGAUUGUGUGGUCAACAACGCUGGCUACCACCCACCUCCACAACGGCCUGAGGAGACCUCUGCCCAGGACUUCCGGCAGCUGCUGGAGUUGAACCUACUGGGGGUCUACACCGUGACAAAGCUCGCCCUCCCCCACCUGCGGAAGAGCCGGGGCAACGUCAUCAACAUCUCCAGCCUGGUGGGGGCGAUCGGCCAGUCCCAGGCAGUUCCCUAUGUGGCCACUAAGGGGGCAGUAACGGCCAUGACCAAAGCCUUGGCCCUGGAUGAGAGUCCGUAUGGCGUCCGAGUCAACUGCAUCUCCCCAGGAAAUAUCUGGACUCCGCUUUGGGAGGAGUUGGCAGCUUCCACGCCAGACCCCAGGGCCACCAUCAGGGAGGGUACACUGGCCCAGGGGGAUCGUCAUCCACGGAGCUUCCGGCUCCUUGCCUUGCCCGUCUCUUACCGCGGGCUGCUUAUUUUCGCCAGGGCUCGGCGACAGUCCCUGAGAAAAUGCAUUUUUGAAAACCGCUGCAUGCACGUUCUUGCCCGGCAUGAGCGCGGCUGGCACAGAGCCUGGGUGGGGACUGGAUAUCAAAUUCCUUCCCCUUUCAGCGCCUGCGCUUUACAGCAGGGUCCAGCUCCUUGCGGGAGCCCUACAACUGGGGAGGCCUGA